GCUGAGGUCAUCUACGGGCCUGGAAGAUAUCUGCUUCUCCUACGCAACAUCUGGACGAGAAGCGCCACUGAAAGUGUCCCACAGGUUCUGCGAAAGGCAAAAUUCGACUUCGUAGACAGUCUACAACACCCACACUUUUAUGCCACUGAUAACAACAUACAAAGUGGACAAUUUGGCCGCCUGAAAAGCAACACACUAAUGUCAUGUCAGAGGAAGGUGACUGCCAACACAGCAUCGACGCCGGAGGAACGCCGUCACGUCCAAACUCCUCACUCCAACCCGACCCAACUUGUCCCAAUCCUCGCCACCCAUUCUGCAGUAUAGAUGUGGGGAUGGCUAGUAUGAUAUGUCAAUCAAUAUCCAGAUUGACCCUGAGGAUAUAGAUGUCAGGAUUGACUACUGGAAUUCGCGCAUCAGACAAGAGAUUGUUGAGAAUGUGGCGCGGACAUUUGUCCAAGCAUUUUUGAGUAUCAUUGAUACAGAUGAUUGGAAUGCUCGGAGAUCAUUGCAUGCACGACAUUUGUGGGCUACGGUUCUCAAUAUUGACCCCAUGCGUGUCGGCAUCCACGAUCACUUCUUCUACCAGGGAGGUGACUCGUUUACUGCGAUGCGGCUUGUAUCGGCUGCAAAUAGUUCUGGCUUUCCAGUCACUGUUGCGGAUGUCUUCCGUUACCCGAAAUUGGAGGAAAUGGCAGCAUAUUUGGAUGAACAAACUGCUUUGCAUCAGGAAGCAAAUGAAAUCCCCAGAUUUUGGUUGUGGAAACAAGGAACUGAUACCGAUCUUUAAUGUGACAAACCCCAAUUACAACGUGUUGCAGACUUAUGUAAAACAUCUAUUGAGGAUAUUGAGGAUGUUUAUCCCU